AUGUCAGGAAUCAGACUGAUAAGCGAGUCCACCUAUGUCUUCCUCAACCUCACGGACAACACACUGGACGAUGUUGACGAAUCCCUGCGGCUGGACAAGCAAUUGAAGCUCGAUCCUCAUUCUGCGCGCUACGGGCUUGGUGCUCUUGAGAAGCUCCCACUCGAGAUUCUCCACCUCACCCUCCUUGCGCUGGACGUACAGUCAAUGACGGAAGUCCGUCGCGUCAACAAAAGAGCCAGGCUCGUCACGGGCUCGAUUCCGCAAUACCGCCGAAUCCUCGCGCACGCGCCCGCCGCCAUUCGCGGCAGCCUCAACCUCGAAACCGCGCGGAAUUUCUCCUGUCAGGCGCUGUACAAGACACUCUCCACCGCCGAGUGUGACGGGUGCGGCGAUUUCGGCGGAUACCUCUACUUGCUCACCUGUCGCCGCGUGUGUUUCCUGUGCCUCACCGAGAAGACCGACUACCUUUCCCUGUCCCGGAAGGAUGUGAUUCGCAAAUUCGGGCUGCUGGACCCUACUCAUCUAGCGCGUCUGCCUCGCAUGAAGAGCUUCCCGGGCCAGUACUCGCCUCGAGGGAUCAAAUGUCGACGCCGUGAGACCUUGUUCGAUCAUGGCUCCGCACGAGAAGCGGGGAUCGCUGUCCAUGGGACAGCCGAGGCGAUGGAAAGAUUCGCGUCAGAGAGGGUCUCCAAGCAACUCGAGGCUUACAAUUCACGACUAUCUAGCACCCCGCUGGCGAUGAUUCGCCAGCAACCCCCGACGAUGACAGUUAUCCUUCGCAGUAUGAGAGGGCCGUUUGAUCGCGUGGGACUUGGCAUGCGAUCGCCAGUUGUGCCGGCUGGCGUGGGAGCGGAUCGCCGCCCGCGUCGGUUUCUGUCGGAGUUGUUGGGCCGACGUGAGAUUCACAAACUCGAAGACCGUGUCCAUUUAGGUUUCGCCUGUUCGAGUGAGAUUUGA